AUGAACAUAAAAGAUCUCACACGGGGGAGAAGCCGUAUUCCUGUAUUGAGUGCGGGAAAUGUUUUCAAAAAAGUUCACCUUAGCACACACAUCAAAGACUGCACACAGGGGAGAAGCCAUUUUCCUGUUCUGAUUGUGGGAAAAGUUUUUUUCAAAAAUCAGAGCUUGUUUCACAUCAGAGAUCUCACACUGGGGAGAAGCCAUAUUCUUGUCAUGAGUGUGGGAAACAUUUUUCAUGGAAGUCCAGUCUUUGCUACAACCUUUACAAACAUCAGAGAUCUCACACGGGAGAGAAGCCGUAUUCCUGUCUUGAGUGCGGGAAAUGUUUUUCACAUAUGUCUAAUCUUUACAUACAUCAGAGAUCUCACACAGGGGAGAAGCCGUAUCCUUGUCCUGAGUGCGGGAAAUGUUUUUCACAGAAGUCCAAUCUUUCUAUCCAUCAGAGAUGUCACACAGGGAGAAGCCACUUUCCUGUCCUGA